AUGUAUGAAGAUUUGAAUCAGUUGAUGAUGGCACACAAGUUGGAAGCGGUAGGUAGCACAAAUGGAUUUACAUUCGAUGAUGGACCUGACCAUGACGGUGUUGCCAAGAUCUUUGUUGGAGGAGGUUUUCAAGGAAUCCAUUACAUUGAAUUUGAAUAUGUAAAGAACGGACAUUUAUCAUUUGGAGUACUCGUUGGUCGUCGGCAUAAAGGUUUCAUAGAAACGUUUGAGAUUAACCAUCUCAAAAGUGAACAUCUCGAAUCUGUAGAAGGUUACUACGACCAUGAAUCAGGUUACAUCCAAGGACUUCAGUUCAAAACCAAUUUCAGGAUUUCAGAAUUGAUUGGAUAUGAUAAGGGCAUUCAAUACAUCAAAUUUGAUUAUGUCAAGAGUGGAAAACCCCAAGAUGGAUCAAUCCAUGGUCGCUCCGGUAGCGGUUUCACGCAGACGUUUGAGAUCAACCAUCUUAACAAUGAACAUCUGGUUUGUGUAGAAGGUUACUACGACGAUGCAACUGGUGUAAUUCAAGCACUUCAGUUUAAAACUAACCUCAAGACUUCAGAGAUGUUAGGAUAUGAAAAGGGUAAGAAGUUUUCACUUGAAGAAAAGGGUAAGAAGAUCAUUGGCUUUCAUGGAUAUGCUGACAAGAAUCUCAACUCUCUUGGAGCAUAUUUCACAACGGUUUCUCUUAUCAAAUCGGAAUGCCAUGGUGGUUCUGAAGGCACAUAUUGGGAUGAUGGUGUUUUUGAGAGCAUAAGAAUGAUGUAUGUUAGUUAUAAUAACACUAACGUAAAGUGUAUCACGUUUCACUACCACAACCGUACAAUUGUCGAGCGUCAACAUGGGUGGCAGAGUAUAAGAGAUGAUGGAGAAGAAGAAAAGUUUGAGAUCGACUAUCCAAAUGAAGUGAUCACAUGUGUAGAGGGGACUUUUAAAAGAGUUGGGCCUGGCAAGACGAGGGUUACAUCAUUGAUAUUGAAAUCAUCAGAAGGGAGAACCUCUCCGACAUUUGGAAUAGUGUCUGGUUCCAAAUUUGUGUUGGAGAACAAAGGUUGUGCUGUGGUUGGGUUCCAUGGACGGCACGCCGAUGACCGUGAUCUUGUUGCCAUAGGAGCAUAUUUUUCUCCGAUGCCUUCUCCUACAGCAAAGAAGCUACAACCACAAGGUGGUUUCCGAGGAGAUGUAUGGGAUGAUGGUGUUUUCGAAGGUGUAAGAAAGUUAUACGUAGGAGAAGGUGAUAAUGGUAUCGCAUUCCUUAAGGUUGUGUACGGCAGGGACACUCUGAUUGUUAUUGGAGAAGAUCAUGGAAACAAAACACCACUUGCAAUCAAAGAGUUUGAACUCGAAUAUCCAAGUGAAUACAUUACCGCUGUGGAUGGUUGUUACGACAGAGAAAUUGGAAGUGAUGUCGAAGUUAUAACUAUGCUUAGGUUCAAGACGAACAAACGAACAUCUAUACCCGUCGGAUUUGAAUCUACCUCAAGAUUUUUAAUCUACGAAGAAGGAUACAAAGUUGUUGGAUUCCAUGGAAAAUCAAGUAACAUGAUUAAUCAACUAGGGGUCCAUGUUGUGCCCUUAAGGGAGUGA